GGCCGGAUUCGUGGGAUGUUUGCGUGUUUACAGGUAGAACCACAGGACACAACCAUGAGUGAGUGGCGAUUUGAUCUUGACGAUGACCAGGAGGAGGACGGGGAUGAGCAGGGAGAGGGAACCUGGACGUUUGGGGGGCGAGCGGCUAGCAUCUUUCUGAUUGAUGCGAGUAAGGAGAUGUGCGAAACCUCUGGUGAUAAUGGAGAGGAUGAAGAGUCCUCCUUCAAAAAAGCUGUCAGGUGUGCUCAUGCAACAAUGAUGAGAAAGAUCAUCUCAAGCGACCAAGACCUCAGUGCUGUGGUUCUCUACAACACGAAGGAAUCAAAGAACAACAUUGACGUCCCAGGUAUCUACAUUUUGCAAGAACUUGAGCGUCCAGGAGCAGAGAAGGUCCUGCAGCUUGAAGAACUCAUGGGAAUGAGUGAUAGUAAGUUUGAAAAGGAGUAUGGACACAGCAACAAUGCCAAUAUCCAUGAAGCUCUGUGGGUGUGUCAGAGCAUCUUCAACAAGUGCAAGAGCAAACUCUCGGGGCAGAGCAUCAUGCUGUUCACCUGCCAGGACGACCCCCACAGCGGCAAUGACCAAAAGCAGAAACAGGCUCGCCAGAAGGGCAAGGACCUGAACGAAGCCGGCAUCUCCUUAGAGCUCUUGCACAUGGGAACAAGCUUUGAUGUGAAUAAGUUCUACAAGGAUCUGAUCAUCCCAGACGACAGUGAAGAUGAAGAGACGCAAGAAAAAGAAACGCUUGCAGAUCCUGCUAGUCGGUUCGAGGAGCUGAUGGAUAGAGUGAAGCGGCUGGAACACAAGCAGCGAACCACGGGAAGGGUUACCUUCACCUUGGGACCUGGAGUUGAAAUGGCUCUUGGAGUGUACACCACUGUCAGGAAAAUGAACAAACCUUAUAAAGUGAAGUUGUGGAAAAACACAAAUGAGGAAGUAAGAUAUAUGAAGAAAGAAUACUUAGAGGAGACUGGUGAGCUGUUGAUGCCAUCAGACUAUGUGAAAUACCAAGUGUAUGGAGGGAAGAAAAUCAAAUUUUCUUUGGAUGAAUUGCGUAGUAUGAACCAGGUUUAUGAACAAGGAAUCGAACUGCUCGGAUUCAAGUCUAUUGAAAGUAUUAAACCUUAUUAUCACAUCAAGCCAGCAAAUUUUUUGUAUCCUGAUGAGAAAUCUGUUCAAGGAAGUAAUAAGGUGUUUGCUGCCUUGCUGGACCGUUGUCUGGCUCGUAACGUAGCCCCCAUAGUGCGCAUGGUGGCUCGCAGGGGAUCCUCGGUGUCGUGGGCAGCCCUUAUCCCACAGAAGGAGGAGCUGGAUGAUAAGAAUUGCAAGGUGUCACCAUAACAUUUCUUUGCUAAUGUAAUUUAUUUACCCUCCCCCCACCACUCAACAGAUGAUUUCCGCAACAUCGAAAUUGAAGACGUCACACGGGCUUCGGUAGACCAGGUUGAUGCGGCCAAGGACAUGGUGAAGAAGCUACAUUUCAAGUACUCUCCAGAGAACUUUGAUAACCCCGAUAUACAGACGCACUGGCGGAACAUCGAGGCUCUGGCCCUGAACAGAUCCGACCUGGAAGAGCUGGUGGAUUAUACGGUGCCGGAUUAUGAGCGAAUGCGGAAGAAGGCGGGCAGCCUGAUUGAGAGCUUUCGGGAGAUGGUCUAUCCCCCAUCGUACGACCCGAAUGCAGCCCCCAAGAAACGUCCAGCAGCCAGCGGGGGGUCAUCGGCACCCAAGCGAGCAAAGCCAGAUCCAGCGAGUGUGGAUGUUGAGCAGAUGGCCAAGGCUGGGAAGGCUGACAAGCUGACUGUUGACGUCUUGAAGAACUGGCUGCAGGACCGAGGCAUCAAGGUCACAGGCAAGAAGAAGGCCCAACUCGUGCAGGAUGUGAUGGACGAGGUUGGGGCGUAAGUGAAUACUGAACCAGUCAUUGAUCAUUCCCAGUGGUGUCGGAAAUGCAGUAGGUUGGCUUGGCGUAGCUCAGUACAAAGUGUGGUCGACAUGCCUCGCACACUCAUUUUUGUGUUUUUAUGUUUCAAGUACCGGUGUGUUAUGCUUACGUUUCAUUGAUGUAGAU